AUGCUCUCGUCGCGCCCCGUCUCGCGCUCCGUGCGCCUGGGCGCCUCCGCCGCGCGCAUCGCCAAGCCCCUGACCUCGGCCCGUACCUUCGCUUCGUCUUCGGCUUGCAACCUCGCGACUCCUGCCGACUCGACUGCGACCCCUGUCCGUCACUACGGUGGGCUCAAGGACCAGGACCGGGACAUUCUUCUGAAGGGCGACACUUGGCUACUGGGUACCGAGAGCAGCGCUGACUCUGCAGGGAUCAUCAACACCAUCAAGGAGUCCGGCCUCCGUGGCCGCGGUGGCGCCGGUUUCCCUUCGGGUCUCAAGUGGAGCUUCAUGAACAAGCCCGGAUGGGAGAAGGACCCCCGCCCCCGUUACCUCGUCGUCAACGCUGACGAGGGUGAGCCCGGAACCUGCAAGGACCGUGAGAUCAUGCGUGGUGACCCCCACAAGCUCGUCGAGGGCUGUCUCGUCGCCGGCCGCGCCAUGAACGCCAACGCCGCCUACAUCUACAUCCGUGGCGAGUUCAUCGAGGAGGCCAACGCUGUCCAGAAGGCUAUCGACGAGGCUUACGCUGCCGGCUACCUCGGCAAGGACGCCUGCGGCUCCGGCUACCCCUUCGACGUCUACGUCCACCGCGGUGCUGGUGCCUACAUCUGUGGUGAGGAAACCGCUCUUAUCGAGUCCCUCGAGGGCAAGCAGGGCAAGCCCCGUCUUAAGCCUCCUUUCCCCGCCGACGUCGGUGUCUUCGGCUGCCCGUCGACCGUCGCCAACGUCGAGACCGUCGCCGUCGCCCCCACCAUCUGUCGCCGUGGUGGUUCGUGGUUCGCCUCGUUCGGCCGUGAGCGCAACUCUGGCACCAAGCUCUUCUGUGUUUCCGGCCACGUCAAUAACCCUUGUGUCGUUGAAGAGGAGAUGUCUAUCCCCCUCAAGGAGCUCCUCGAGAAGCACUGUGGCGGUAUCCGUGGCGGAUGGGACAACCUUAAGGGUAUCAUCCCCGGUGGUUGCUCCGUCCCCGUCAUCAAGCCCGACAUCUGCUCGACCGUUCUCAUGGACUACGACGACCUCAAGGACAACGGCACCUCGCUCGGAACCGGUGCCGUCAUCGUCAUGGACCAGUCGACCGACAUGAUCAACGCGAUCGCCCGUUUCUCCAAGUUCUACAAGCACGAGUCCUGCGGCCAGUGCACCCCCUGUCGCGAGGGAACGACCUGGAUGCUUAACAUGAUGGACCGUCUCGUGUCAGGGAGGGCCCAGAAUCGAGAGAUCGACCAGAUUUACGAACUCACAAAACAAGUUGAGGGCCACACUAUCUGUGCUCUCGGUGAUGCCGCCGCUUGGCCGAUUCAAGGCCUCCUCAAGAAUUUUAGACCUGAGGUGGAGCAGCGCAUCGCCGAGUACCACGCGAAGAACGGCGGCGUGUUCUUUGGCGGCGAGCUUGAGUCUCAGGGCGACUGGCAGCAUGCCAUUCCUGACUCUCGGGGCGGCUAUGUGACUUCGCAGGCGGACCCUCUCAAGUAA